CCAUGCGCAAUCGCUGUUGAAGAAACCGACGCAUCUCCGAUUUGUAUUAUGUUUUGAAAAUACAUUUUAAGAUAUUUUAAAUUGUGUAUUCAUAAAACUGGAUGGUAUGCUUACGUUUGGAUUAUUCAAGAUUCGAAAUAUCACAACUUGUAUAAAUAUAUAGAAAUCUCAAUGCCGAAAAGAGCAGAAAUACCUGAUGAUGAAGAGCCCAGGCCCAAAAUUGUUUUGGACUUUGAUGUUCGAUUAUUUUGCCAAAACCUGAAGGCUACCAAACCUCCUUAUAAAUGUCCAGUGGAUGGAUGUGGCAAAUUAUAUAAAAGUUACAGUGGAAUACAAUUUCAUCUAUAUAAUUUUGAUCAUGACAACCCAGAAAAUUCUGCUCCUUCCCCUGCACGUAAAAACAACAAGAAAAAGGCUAAGUGGCAUCAUAGACAAGAACGUCGUUCUCCCACUCCACCUGUAUUUCUUAGAUCUCCCCAAAGAGAUUCGUUAACUUAUGCUGAAGCUCAACGAUUGGUUGAAAUAGAGCUUGAUGGUCGUAUUCAGAGAUUAGAUAUUUAUGAACCAAUUGAAGUGAUAUCACAAGAUGAAAUUGACAACCAUCACAACACCGAGAAAGAAGAAAAAACUGAAACUAAAACCCCCCUCAAAUCGGGUAAAAGUGUCGAUAAUAAUAACAAAACACGUAAAGAAAAUAGUGCUGCACCGAUCAAAUUACCUGAAGCUCAGUUUAAAGUAUUAGAGGGCUACAUCAAGCCAAAUCACUUUAAACCACGGCCAUCAUCCUACUACAGAUAUAUAGAAAAAACUGUCGAAGAAUUAGAUGAGGAAAUUGAAUAUGACAUGGAUGAGGAGGACCAUUCAUGGCUAGAAUUAAUAAAUGAAAAACGGGUUAAAGAGGGUACAAACGGUGCAAUUACACAAGAAGUUUUUGAAACGCUUAUGGACAGGUUUGAAAAAGAAGCGUUUUUUCAAAGUCAAAGUGCGGGUAAAGAUCAAAAUCCUUCAAUUGAUGAGGAUGCUGUAUGUUGUAUUUGUAUGGACGGAGAGUGCCAGAACAGUAAUGUGAUUUUAUUUUGUGACAUGUGUAAUUUAGCUGUGCAUCAGGAGUGCUAUGGUGUACCUUACAUUCCCGAAGGACAGUGGUUAUGUAGACGCUGUCUUCAAUCGCCCUCACGUGCGGUCGAUUGCUGUCUCUGUCCGAAUAAAGGUGGUGCAUUUAAACAGACUGAUGAUGGGCGGUGGGCGCAUGUGGUUUGUGCCAUGUGGAUACCGGAGGUGGGCUUUGCCAAUACAGUAUUUUUAGAACCUAUAGAUAGCAUCGAACGAAUUCCUCCAGCCCGUAAAAAAUUAACUUGUUAUAUUUGCAAACAGCGAGGUGUUGGAGCAUGUAUUCAGUGUCAUAAGACGAACUGUUACACAGCAUUUCAUGUUACAUGUGCUCAACAGGCUGGUUUAUAUAUGAAAAUAGAACCUACUCGAGAACCGGGACCUAACGGUACAGUUCCAGGUGUUAGAAAAACUGCGUACUGUGAUGUACAUACACCUGCUAAUUCUGACUGUACCUCAAUGUUCGAUGAUGACGAUGAUAAAUCUAUGUCGGCAAAGAAAGCGAAGGAGAAAUCUCGUAUUAAAAUGAGGAAAGCGAGGAAAAUACUAGCAGAAAAAAGAAAUGCCAUGCCAGUUGUAUCAAUCCCUACUAUUCCUCAUUCCAGAAUAUCUCGAAUAGCAUCAAUAGUUACUAUAUCAAAGAAAGAACAGUUUUUAAAACGUUUAUUAAGUUAUUGGACGUUAAAAAGACAGUCUAGAAAUGGUGUACCAUUACUUAGACGACUUCAGUCAAAUCACAUGGCUCGAAGCAGAGAUCAAACCAAGAAUGAUCAACAAAGUAGUGAACUACGGGACAAAUUGAAGUAUUGGCAGAGAUUACGACAAGAUUUAGAAAAGGCCAGAUUAUUGGUUGAAUUAAUCAGAAAGAGAGAAAAGUUAAAACGAGAGCAGGUCCGAAUACAUCAGUUGGCAACAGAAUUAAAACUGCAGCCAUUUGUAUAUUUAUUACGUCAGUCUAUAGAACAGUUAAUAGAAUGUGAUACUGGUAAUAUCUUCACCGAACCUGUUUCUUUAGAAGAGGUACCUGAUUAUCUCAGUUAUAUCGAUACACCUAUGGAUUUUGAGACGAUGUCAAAUAAGGUAAACAGUCACGAGUAUAAGAAUAUUGAUGAGUUCGAGAUAGAUUUUAAUCUUAUUUUGGCCAACUGUAUGAAGUAUAAUGCCAAAGAUACCGUCUUUUACAGGGCUGCUAUUAAACUUCGUGAUCAGGGAGGUGCUAUAAUUCGAUCUGCACGAAGGAUGGCAGAAAGGAUUGGUUUUGACCUCGGCACUGGCCUCCAUGUGACCAGUCCCCCUAAACGGAAAGAUAAAGAACCCAUAAUAAUAGAAGAUUUUGAUGCUUUCAUGGAAAGAGUUCGAGAAGGAACACCUCUGGAAGAACAACUGAAAAUCCUUUUAGAUAAAAUGGAUGAAACCCAAGCAGCCAGAGCAGGGAAACAAUCCAAGUUUAUGAAGAGGAUCAGGAGGGAGAUCAUAUCAUUACGCCGCAAGAUGGCACUUCAAAAAGGGCAGACAGACACAGAUGAUGGAGCUAGCAUAGAUACAGCCUCAACAACAGAAGCUGUGUCCACAGAUAAUGACAGUCGUUCACCGUCUCCAGUCAGAGGUUCUAAUAAAUCCCAUUCCUCACCCACAAGAUCAGCACAUCAUGUCUCUAGUCCCAGCAAGUCAUCUGCAGAAAAAUUCAGUCCUGUUGUCAAGUCUACACCAGGUAGAGGACGUGGACGGGGAAGGGGUCGAGGUAGAGGUCGUGGAAGAUCCCGAAUACACAGUCAAAGUGAAUCAGAACAUGAUCGCACAGGAUCCAAAUUCAAUGCAGAUGACAGUGAGCACAAUUCUGAUGGAGAAGGCAGUAACUCAGUUCCUCCAACACCAUCGCCAGCAGCAGGGGUUAAUAGGCGGACAGCAGUGUUACUAAACAGCAAGAAACCAAGAGGAGGUGGUUCCACACCUAAAGCAGCUAAUGGGCCGCCCACAGUACGUAAAGGACCUGGUCGGCCACCAAAGUCACGACCCAUAGACAAUGAUCUUCCUCCUCCAGUUCUAGAACCAAUGAUCAACCACCAUACCCCUUCUAGUCCAGCUGGUCGCAAACGUUCACUUAGUACUGGAGGCAACUCUAGAGAUUCCAGCAGCCGUCCGUCCCCACCUAAGAGAGCGAUGUCUCUCAAUGAUAACAUGCCAUCGUUACAAGAUCAGUCAGAUAUGAAUAAAGAGAGCUUUAAGAUUUACCGUCGGGCACCAGUUGGUAUUCGAAGUUCCUCUGAAUCUGAGAGUACAUCUGGUAUGAGCAGUGGUGAUGAAAUGCUUUCUGAGACCUCCAGUGAAAGUUCCAGCAAUAACAGCAGAUCUGAUGAUCACUCAGAUGGUUCCAUUAAAGAUGACGCUAGCAAUACUUGUUUGGAUAUCCCAGGAUGCUCUUCACCUUCUUCCACCCCUAAUAUGUCCCCUCAGUAUGAAGGUCGACCAAGAAGAAGUCCUAGUUUUGAUUCUGAUGAUGUGAUUCCUCUAGAACCGUUAGAUUUGGUGUGGGCUAAAUGUAGGGGCUAUCCAUGGUAUCCGGCGCUGAUUAUCAACCCCAAAAUGCCUAAAACAGGUUAUUUUCAUAAUGGUGUACCAAUACCAGUACCACCUGAAGAUGUUUUAGGCUUACGUAAUCGCUAUGAUGAAGUUGUCUACUUAGUUCUUUUCUUUGAUACCAAACGAACUUGGCAGUGGUUACCAAGAAGUAAACUAGAACCACUAGGAGUAGAUUCUGAACUAGAUAAAAUGAAACUAUUAGAAAAUAAAAAGCCUAAUGUCCGCAAAGCAGUACAGAAAGCCUAUGAGAAAGCCAUUGUUCAUCGAUGCAAUGUCAACGGUGAACCAAAUCCACUUUUAGCCGAGUCUAGCUCAGAGGAUUAAUUUGUUAUGAACUUGUAAAAAAAUGUUUUCAAACUAUUGUACAGUGACCCCCUUUUCAUAAUUUAUACAUCCACAUCCAGAGAUAAUUUUGUAGCAUUUUGAUAAAUAUUUUGUUUGGUCAUAAUUAUUUGCUGAUUUUAUUUUCCACCUGUGUAUAUACUUGUGUAAGUAAUGGUAUAGAUAGAAUGUAAUUAUUAUAUGUAUGAACUUAUCAUUUUAACUUUUAUUUCCUGCUUGAACCAAAUUAUUUUGAGUACCGUAGUAGAUGCCCUGAAUUAACUAUUAAAGUACCGGUAUAUCUUUAUGUAGAGUUAUCAGUACUAUAUAAUAAUUUGACUUAUACUUAUAAACUGUAUUAUUGAUUCAUUUGUAGAUAAUUGCAUGACUUAGUUUCCAGACAUAAUCACAUACUUGUUUAUGACUUUUUAUUCAUAAACACACCUACUUUUGGUAGUCCUCAUGAUUUCAUCCAACCAACAGAAAUCUCCAAUGGGCACAUUUCAUUUGAUUGUCAAUACAGUUUUGUCAUAGUGUGCUAUUGUUCAUUUGUUAUUAAGGUAUGUGUCCAUGAAAUUGACAGUGUAGAUUUAAAUAUUAUGAAAAGACCUGGUUUGUUUGUAUAUAAAACCAUUGUUAUAUGUUGAUCAUCCUGUAUGAAGCUAGAUCUUGUUUACAUUUAUUUAAAAAUAAACAAUGAGGAAAGAAAA